AUGAAUUCAGACGUCCCCAACUUUCAUCAGAUUCUUUCGUCUGAUACCAAUGCAGGAGAACAAGAUUUGCAAAGAUUAACAUCAGCCACGACGACGACCGAUAAUCAUCAAAUCCAUUAUUCUGACUUUGGACCCAUCCCUUCGCUUAUGAUUGAUGAUGAAUAUGUAGAUGAAGAUACCUUGCCUUCAGUGGAUGAGAUUCAACAACAAUUGUCACUUGUUGAGCGCAUGUUGAUUGAUGAAUACGUAACUGAAGACAUCUCAAAUGAUACAAACGAGACAGAGGAACAACUAUUUCCGCCUGAUCAUGAGGAUAUGUAUACGUUGACGAUUGGUGAAUAUGAUAUUUUGCACCGGAUGGACGAGAUAGAGGAACAACUGUCACUUUACGAGGCCUUUGUUGGUCUUUCAGACCAUACGCAAGUCAGGGAAGACGACAGAUUAUCCGAAGACGCAAUUAUAAGCCAUCUGAAAAGAAGAAUCCAUAUUUCAUCAUCACCAAAUCAAGAAGCUGAAAUUUGUGUCAUAUGCCAGGCUGAGUAUGAAGAAGGCGACGACAUUGGAACUCUUCGCUGUGGGCAUGGCUAUCAUGUCGACUGCGUAAAGAAGUGGUUGCUGAAAAAGGAUUCGUGCCCCCUCUGCAAGGCCACUGUUCUGAAUAUAUAA